AUGGCUCUGUCGACUACUCCGCCAGCAGCUCCUGGCUGGAACCGCUGGACAACUCAGCCACCAUCUCCGGAAUAUGGUCUCAUCGACGGAACGGCUGUCGUCCAAUACGAUGCCCGUGCUACAACUCCUGCGGCUAUGCAGCGACCGGUUGAUGCUUCCCACUACUUGGUUGGCAACACUUACACCAUGGCUCCUCCCAUGGCCAUGCCCGCACCGCACUACCAAGGACACCCACAAUACGGAUUUGUCUGCUGCGUAACGCCGCCCUCCCCUGCGAGCCUGCUGCCUUCCUUUAGACGCUACCAGGACGACUGGCCGCGCAUGAUGUGUAUGGACGCCGAAGACAAUGAUGCGAGCAUGAACUACAUGCGGGACACUCGGCAUCAGAGCUACAUCCAGGACCAGCUCCACGCCUCCAACACCAUCACACCAAUCAUCGCCGCCGACCCCGAAAAGCAGACCGUGUUCCACACCGAUGUCGACACCCUCAUGAAGACUAUCCAAGUACAGGACGAGGCGGCCCAGACACCUGCGCCUGUCGAGCGCGUUGAGGCCCGUUACCCAUCACCGCCGCACCAUGAAUCGAAGAUCAAGUCUUGCUCCCCAGGCACAAGCCCAGAGGCGACUGGAACCGGCUCUCGCACCUCGCGGGGGCGCCACAUGUGCAGUCUGCCCCAGUGCAACAAGAGGUUUGCCCAGAAGAGCCACCUUGGCAUCCACGAGAGAUCUCACAGCGGCGAGAAGCCCUAUGUAACUUUGCAAACAACCGGCUGUGGCCAAAGGUUCUCGCAGCUCGGCAACGUCAAGACACACGAGUGUCGCCACACGGACGAGACGCCUUACCGCUGCGAAAUCUGUGGCAAGGCAUUCGCGCAGCGUGGCAACGUUCGGGCACACAAGGAGGUUCACAACAACUUCAAGCGCUUCAGCUGCAGACUAGACGGCUGCCAGAAGAAGUUCAGCCAGCUCGGUAACAUGAAGACGCAUCAAAACAAAUUCCACGCCGAGACCAUCAAGACACUGACCGCCAAGUUUGCGGGCAUUCUCCAGGCUGGAGGCGAGCUGCAAGGCGACGACAAGGAGCUCUUCGAGCACUUCGCCAUUCACUACAAGAACAGCAACAAGGGUAUCAAGGGCCGUGGCAAGGACCGCAAGGUCAACACCGUCACCUCGGCGCCGGCUGUCCCGUCUCGUCACUACCCCGUGCCCCAGGCACCGCAUCACUCGAUGGCCCACGGCCUGCCCUACCCUGCUGUUGGCUCCUCCAGCGCGUUUGGCCACUAUGGGACCUACAACAUGCUGAUGGCCCGCGAUGCUCGUCGUGGCUACGAGGGCUACGACAUGGAUCACGACAGUGUCUCAGCGUCCAGCACCACCGGGACCCUCUCCGAUGAAGGCCACCACUUUGCAGACCGCUACCAGGAGCGACUGUACUAA